CCACGACCCAGGCUGGACGCCGCGCGAGUAAACCCGUGUCGAGCUCCGGGGCUGACAGCUGGGAGGCAGCUGGUGCAGGCGGCGCCCCUCGACGAUGCCCCCUCCUCGCCCACUCCCGGGACCGCAUCCAUCUCUUUAAGGGAAGCCAGUUUCACCCGGUGUCUUCCAUCCCUGCCCAAGUCCUGGCAAUCCCACUGGUCACAGCAAGGUAGAAGUAGAAUGAGCUGCAGCCUUCGGUUUUCACACACUAAAGACAGAUGAAACCGGAGCCAGAGUGGCCUCCGCACUCCUCACUUCCAGACUUUUCUUGUCCCUUUGACCUGUAACUCAAUGACCUUAUUGGCCAAGUCUCUCUUCUACCUAUCAGAGCCACCUAGACAAGGUCCCUGAGGUCAAGUGAACACCUUUGUCCCCCUCAGCAGACUCUAACCUCAACAUGGAACAACCUCAGGCAGAGCCCCCAGCACCUAGUAAGGCCAGUAGUGUAGAAACUGUUGAAUCUGAAAAACAUGAGGCCCUGUCCGGACCAGAAAAAAACCCGCAGGACAAACCUCGGGACAAAGGUGGUGCAGAGGCUGAUGGGGCAGCUGGAGAACAGGAGCCAGAAGACCAAGCUUUGCCACCAGCUGAGGAUGCAGAUUCGGGAAAUCUUGAGUGCCCUCCUCCUGAAGCUAGCUCAAGUACGUGUGGGACGUCACCUGAGACAGAGACAAGAGAGAUGAGUUCUAAGCCACAGGAGCUUCCCCAGUCCCCCAGGACCCAACAGCCUGAUCUGGAUCUCUACUGUGUCAAGUGGAUCCCCUGGAAGGGAGAACGGACCCCCAUCAUCACCCAGAGCACCAAUGGCCCUUGUCCUCUCCUGGCCAUCAUGAACAUCCUCUUUCUUCAGUGGAAGGUGAAGCUGCCCCCUCAGAAGGAAAUGAUCACAUCAGAUGAGCUCAUGACACAUCUUGGAAACUGCCUCCUAUCCAUCAAGCCCCAGGAGAAGUCUGAGGGCCUUCAACUUAACUUUCAGCAGAAUGUGGAUGAUGCAAUGACAGUACUCCCUAAACUGGCCACAGGUCUGGAUGUCAAUGUGCGAUUCACAGGCGUCUCUGACUUUGAGUACACACCCGAAUGCAGUAUCUUUGACUUGCUGGGCAUACCUCUGUACCAUGGCUGGCUUGUUGAUCCACAGUUUGUUUUUGCCCCACCCCAUCCUUCUCCCCAGAGUCCUGAGGCUGUGAGUGCUGUUGGGAAACUGAGUUACAACCAGCUGGUAGAGAAAAUCAUCACCUGUAAACACUCCAGUGACCUCAACCUCGUGACAGAAGGCUUGAUUGCAGAGCAGUUCCUGGAGACCACUGCAGCGCAGCUGACCUACCAUGGCCUGUGUGAGCUUACAGCAACUGCUAAGGAAGAUGAACUCAGUGUCUUUUUUCGAAACAACCACUUUAGCACGAUGACUAAGCACAAGAGUCACUUGUACCUCCUGGUCACGGACCAGGGUUUUCUACAGGAGGAGCAGGUGGUGUGGGAGAGCCUGCACAAUGUGGAUGGCGACAGUUGCUUUUGUGACUCUGACUUUCACCUAAGUCAUUCCCUAGGCAAAAGCCAUGGGGCGGAAGGUGGAGGCGGCUCUCCAGAGAAGCAGCUGCAGGUGGACCAGGACUAUCUUAUUGCCUUGUCCCUGCAGCAGCAGCAGCCACAAGGCACGCUGGGCCUUAGCGACCUGGAACUGGCCCAGCAACUUCAACAAGAGGAGUAUCAACAGCAGCAGGCAGUUCAACCUGGGCAUACAAGGGCCCCUUCUCCCCAGGGGAGAGGAACCACAUCUGGACGCCCAGCUGGUGAUCGGCGGCAGAGGUCGAAGCCCGAGUCAGACUGUGUUUUACUCUAGCUCUGCCCCACGCAGCGUGGGCCCACCCCGUAUUUCAGAGGCUGUGACUGGUUUGCUUGCAGGAUCCCCCACCUCAACCCCUGAGGCAUACAGGGUAACUUAUAUGCACUGCCGGGGGCCAGAGCAGGCAACAAGGUCGAACUCAGCACGGUCCUUGCCCUACUGUGUUGCUGUCCUUCUCUUCGAGCCAGGGCCACAUGGGGAUGUGGGGCUGGGUGGUCUCUGGUUCCCAACCCCCUUUCCUGGAAUAUUCGCAUGAAUAUACAGACCCAGGCUGAUAGGUGAGGUACCUAACUGGAAUGAAUCUGUGUCCCUGCCUGCCCGGUUGCCCCUGGCCACCCGGCAGGCCCUUCUCCGUUUGUUUUAGGGUUUGAUUUGGGUUUCUGUCUUUAUUAUUUUUAAUGCCUUCCUUGGGGGUUGGUAAUAAAACUUCUUUCCUGAGA